AUGUUGAUGGAUAAGUUAAGUAAUUCAUCGCUUUUGUUGGGUGGUACUUUGUUUCAUAUGCGUUGCUGUGCGCAUAUUUUAAAUUUGAUAGUGAAAGAUGGAUUAGAUGUCAUCCGAGUUGGUGUGGAGAAAAUUCGAGAAAGUGUAGCUUAUUGGACAGCAACACCAAAAAGAGUAGAAAAAAUUGAAGAAACAGUCAAUCAAUUGCGUAUUCCACAUACUAAGAAAUUAGGACUUGAUUGUGCAACUAGGUGGAAUUCGACAGAAACAGUCCUUCAGACAGCCUUAUUGUAUAAGGAUGUCUUUUCUAGGUUGAAAAUUAGAGAGCCCCAAUAUAAGACUGUGCCAACUGAGCAAGAAUGGGAGUUUGCUAGAGAGAUUAGUGGAAGGUUGAAAAUUAGAGAGCCCCAAUAUAAGACUGUGCCAACUGAGCAAGAAUGGGAGUUUGCUAGAGAGAUUAAUGGGAGGUUUAAGAUUUUUUUUUCUAUUACCGAGUUGUUUUCUGGUACAAAGUAUCCCGCAGCCAAUUUGUACUUGAUCCUAGGUAUCGUAUUGGAGUUUUAUUUUGAAAAACUUUAUGGAGACAAAGCUGAAGAUGAAGUUGAUAGGGUUCGUCAUAUUUGUUAUGAUUUGUUGCAAGAGUAUCAGCACCGAGUUGGUAUGGAGACCGAUGUUGGUGGUGACUCUUCUGCUCAUCCAGAAAUUGUUACAGAGACCCUUUCAGAAUUUGAUUUGUUUGUUAGUAGAAAGAGAAGUAAAAAAAUGAAGAAUGUAAGAUCAGAGUUGGACCAUUAUCUAGAAGAUGAUGUUUUGCCAAGAACUUCAGGUUUUGAUGUUUUGAAUUGGUGGAAAGCUAGUGGACCAAAAUAUCCGACCUUACAGGCAAUAGCUAGGGACAUUUUAGCUAUUCCUGUAUCCACUGUUGCUUCUGAGUCAGCAUUUAGUACUAGUGGAAGGUUGGUGAGUCCACAUCGUAGUAGACUUCAUCCAAACACAUUAGAAGCAUUAAUGUGUGCACAAAGUUGGUUGUGGGGUGAAGAGGUGAAAGGAAAUUCAACAUUGGAAUCGGUGGGCUGUGCAACUAUAUAUGAUGAUAAUGAGAUCGAUUCAGAUCAGUCAUGUGCCACUUUUGUGAAUUCAAGUUGAAGGAGAUGAUGGAAGUUGUGUGGUUUGUAUGGGUUUGAAGAAACAAUGGAUUUGCCUUUUUAUGUUGUAAUGGAUAUUUUUUUUUAUUUUUAAUUUCAAUUUUUGGGUAACCUAUCCUUUGCGGGUUGUGCUUGGGAUUAAUUAUUCUCUUUGCUACUUGUUGAAUUUUCUUGUGUGUGGGCUGCUGGACAGAUAUUUUGUUUAUGGGCUGCUGGAUUUUUGCUACGGGAUGUUCUCAAUCAGUGAUUAGGUAGUUGUGAUUCA